CUCGUAUGUGAUUGGCCCAUAAUUUACUUUGCUUUAAAUAUGGUAUAAUUCAAUCUAGUGUUUCAAUCUAUUGUGGCAUGCUACACGACGUCCUUUCGUGCGUCUUGGUGUACAGGCGUCGCGAUGGGCGGAAUACCAUGUUGAGAAGGAGACGGCUGGUACCCGUAAGGAGGACAUGCGACACCCUGCGGCGGUGGCUGUGAAUGCACGACGUAAACGGGCUGGCCUUGGACGUCAACGGCUUGGACUAGCUGGCCAUCGGGCCCAUGGACGUACUGCGGGACGUAGUACUGUCCGUCAGUGCCUUGAACAUGCCCAGGCACGAACUGCAAGGUGCCGUUCAUCCCCCGGACAUACUGACCUUGAUGGACCAUCACAGGUUGUACAUACGUGGGCAACAGAAGCGGCUGCGUCGCCGGUCCUCUGGUGGCACCGGCAGCUUCAGCACAGCAAUAGCCACAGAGACAACCACACAGAAUAUCACCACAGCAGUCGUCCAUGAUGGUGUCUGAGUGCACCGCAAGUUGAAUGAAUUCGCAACAUGGUUGCCACGAAG